GUACGCAUGCGCCUUGCUCAACCUCUCCAAAUUUCUCCCCUAGAUAGUCUCUUCGAUCUCUUGGUUUCUUUCGUUGGCUUCGCUAAAACAUGCGGCAGUGAUGGAGAACCGUUCAAUAUCUAAAAAGAGGAAGUUUGUAGGCGAUGGUGUCUUCAGAGCCGAGCUGAACGAGUUCUUGACUCGCGAGCUCGCCGAAGAUGGAUAUUCAGGUGUGGAGGUUCGUGUGACACCGAAUCGGACCGAGAUCAUUUUGCUGGCUACCCACACGCAGAGCGUGCUCGGCGAAAAGGGACGCAGAAUUAGGGAAUUGACGUCCGUGGUACAGAAGCGUUUUAACUUCAAGGAACCACAGAAUGUCGAGUUGUAUGCUGAAAAAGUGGCCACUCGUGGUUUGUGCGCCAUCGCACAGGCCGAGUCUCUUCGCUACAAGCUGAUCGGAGGUCUUGCUGUACGAAGGGCGUGCUAUGGUGUUCUGCGUUUCAUCAUGGAAUCUGGUGCAAAGGGUUGCGAGGUCGUUGUCAGCGGUAAAUUACGCGGUCAGAGAGCAAAAUCGAUGAAAUUUGUCGACGGUCUUAUGAUUCACUCGGGUGAGCCGACUAACGAAUACGUGAACACCGCUACCCGGCAUGUACUUCUACGACAAGGUGUAUUGGGAAUCAAAGUCAAAAUUAUGCUUCCAUGGGAUCCCAAUGGAAAAAGCGGCCCGAAAAAGCCUCUUCCCGACUAUGUAUCGAUUGUGGAACCGAAAGAAGAGAUACCACCGACGGUUCCAAUCUCCGAGGUGAAGCCAUCAAAAGACAUACCUCAACCCACUCCCAUCGCCGUAUAACAAUUAAUUUAAAUGCAUUUUUAUAUGCAUUUAAAAAAUAAAUACAGAAAAUAAA